CGAGUGCAAUCGAUAUAUCGAGUGACCGAUAUACCAGCUCGAGUGCAUUGUUGGCAACACUGUGCCCAUUUUGUUGUGAACAAUUUUUGUUAAUUUUUUAAUUUAAUUUGUGCAAGUCGUGCGAGUGCAGAGCGUGGCCCAGAUAACGGAACCAUUGAAGAAAAGUGCAGCAUGCGCCAGUCGACAUAGGAAGUACCAUCAACGCAACGCAAUAGGUUGCAGCCAGAUCGGACGUAGGCAAUAGACGAAGUACAUAGAAAUGACCAUGGGCGAGCGUGAGCCAACUUCGUCUCUCGUUCUGCCCGUUAUACUGCGGCCUAUUUUCUCACAGCUGGAGCGACGCGAUGUUGGCGCAGCUCAAUCUCUGCGCUCGGCCAUACUUAAAUCGGAGCAGAACAAUCCGGGGUUUUGCUACGACCUCGUUGCGACGAUCGUGCGACGUGCUGAUCUAAAUGUCAACCUGAAUGAGGCCGUCUUGCGAUUGCAGGGCAACAUUACAGAAGCAGACCUUAAUGAAUACCGCUUGACACGCACCGAGGAGCCCUUCCAGGAGCUGAACCGCAAGUCAGUGGCCCUCAAGGUGAUCCUCAGUCGCAUACCCGACGAGAUUAACGAUAGGAAGACCUUUCUGGAGACCAUUAAGGAAAUCGCCAGCGCCAUAAAGAAAUUGCUCGAUGUGGUCAACGAGAUCGGCUCGUUCAUACCGGGCGUUACGGGCAAGCAGGCUGUGGAGCAGCGGAAGAAAGAGUUUGUCAAAUAUUCCAAGAAGUUCAGCACAACGCUGAAGGAGUACUUCAAAGAAGGACAACCGAAUGCAGUAUUCAUAAGUGCACUUUUUCUAAUACGGCAAACGAAUCAAAUAAUGCUGACAGUUAAGAGCAAAUGCGAGUAGAAAAUUAAAUGUUUGAAUUAUGACAAACCUUAGUGGCAUUUUAAAUUUAUGUUUAAAUAACCAUUUAACUACACCCACACACACACACACACAAAUCAAAUAAAAUCGAGAAAGAGAUAAGCGCAUA